GUCGACAUUAAGUACACCAAGAUUUUCAUCAACAACGAGUGGCACGACUCGGUCUCGGNCACUGAGGAGGUGAUCGCCCAGGUGCAGGAGGGUGACAAGGCCGACAUCGACAAGGCCGUCCAGGCGGCUCGAAAUGCCUUCAAGCUGGGCUCCGCCUGGCGCAAGCUGGACGCCAGCGCCCGCGGCCGUCUCAUCAACAAACUGGCCGACCUGAUCGAGUUGGAGAAGCGUCAACUAGCCGACCUUGAGGCUCUGGACAACGGCAAGCCGCUGGCCGAGGCCGAGUUCGACAUUGACUGCACCGUCAAUACGUUCCGCUACUACGCCGGCUGGGCGGAUAAGAUUCACGGAAAAACGAUCCCCGCAGAUGGGCCCGUCGUCAGCUACACCAAAAUCCAACCUGUGGGCGUGGUUGGUCAAAUCACGGUUUGGAAUUAUCCAGCCCUUUUAUUGAGCUGGAAAUGGGCCCCAGCGCUGGCAGCCGGCAACACCCUCAUCCUCAAGCCGGCCGAGCAGACGCCACUGAGCUCCCUGGCCAUCGCCCAGCUCGCCGUUGAAGCCGGCUUUCCGCCCGGAGUGAUCAACGUGGUCCCCGGCUAUGGACCGACGGCCGGAGCCGCCCUGGUGGCCCACCCGCAGGUCGACAAGAUCGCCUUUACCGGCUCCACCGAGGUGGGAAAGCUCAUCUCGAAGACGGCCAGCGAGACGCUGAAGCGCGUCACUCUGGAGCUGGGCGGAAAAUCGCCCCUCGUCGUCACCGAGUCAGUGGCGGACAUUGCCGAGGCCGCGCAGGUCGCCCACGACGCCUGCUUCGCCAACAUGGGCCAGUGCUGCUGCGCCGGCACGCGAACCUACGUCCACGAGUCGAUCUACGAGGAGUUUGUCCGCCAGGCGGCGGCCAUCGCCCAGAAGAAGGUCGUCGGCAGCCCUUUUGAUGAGAAGACCACCCAGGGGCCGCAGAUUGACGCCACGCAGACGGCAAAGAUCCUCGAGCUGAUUGAGAGCGGGAAGAAGGAGGGCGCCCGCGCGGUGACCGGCGGCCGCCGUCUGCCCAACCAGAAGGGCUAUUUCAUCGAGCCGACCGUCUUUGCCGACGUCACCGACAACAUGCGCAUCGCCAAGGAGGAGAUCUUCGGCCCGGUCCAGCAGAUCCUCAAGUACAGCAGCCUGGAUGAGGUGAUUGGCCGGUGCAAUGCCACCAACUACGGCCUCGCCGCCGGCAUCCUCACCAAGGACAUCAACCAGGCGCUGAAGUUUGCCAAUGAGGUGCAGGCCGGAAGCAUCUGGGUCAACUGCUACGACCACACCGUCGUGCAGACGCCCUUUGGUGGCUUCAAGCACUCGGGCAUUGGCCGUGAGCUCGGCGAGGAAGGACUUCACGGCUACUGUGAGAUCAAGACGGUGACGAUCAAGGUGCAGCAGUGA